GUGACCCUGAAUCAUCAUUCACCGAGAGCUCACCUAAACCAAGCACACCAGUAUGGGAGCAUCGUCCAGUUUACUGGAUGAAACUCAAUCCAACUACAUAAAAGAACAAGUGGACGAGAAACUGAAGGAUUUUACACCAAUUUAUAGAAAACAAUAUUCCGUGGCUUAUCGUUCUCAGAUCAAAGAUGAACUUGAGCAGCGCAAAGAGGAACACACACAGUUCCUUAAACAACGGCCCCCUCCAGAAGCUGGGAAGAUGCUGUUUGAGGAGAUUGUGUGGUACUUUGAUGACGGCAGAAAGUGGAAGGAGAGAUUUAUCGUGAUUCGUGCCUGUUACGUUUUGGAGAUCCACGAGAGCUAUAAGUCGUUUUUGAAAGGUGCGCCUCCACAACAGAGACUGAUGCCUACUGGGGGCACCAUACUGACAGCUGAAGACAAAUACAUGGAACUGAUUGACCAAUGCUGCCCUUACACUAAAAAUGACCGGGAAGAUUUUGCACCUCCCGUGGUGGACAUGCCAGGUCAAUUCCCAGUUUAUCUUAGACUUCCAUACCGCCAGGAUUCAUACUUCUGCUUCAAAGAUGAGGACGCUCAAGCUGAUUUCAUCUCCCUCUUAUCUGACUGCGUUCGCCACCAGAACAAAGCAGAUUAUCUCAAGAAGAAGACGUGUGACGUUAAAGCUUUCCUCAAAGCCUUUCAGCUCUACCGGCAGGAGAAAGGCCAGUAUGAAUCGUGGGAUAUGCUCAUUGGCAGCGAUGUGCGGGGUCUCGCCAAUCUGUUCAUGGAGGAUUUGAUGCCUUACCUGGAGAAAGAACUGAAGAGCAAGAGGACAGACAAGAGGAAAGCGUGGUUUGCGACUGUUGAAUCUGCUUAUUUCCUGCUGCAAGAGCAUCUGUUUGACAGGAUGACCACACUGAAGGAAGAGUGCAAAAACAAGGCGAAACAACAGGAGGCGCUCAUGCGCUCAGAUAUGGACCAAAUCACCAACUCAAGAACUUACCUGGAGGGAAAACUACAAGCCAUGGUAUCCGAGCCUGCAACGAAAUACUGCACAGAGCAGGUACAGCCUCACCUGCCAGCUCUCUUGGAGGAAGUGAUGGGUCCCAUCAGCCUGGGCUUCACAGAGGCCAGAGAUUUAAGCGAGGGCAUGAUGGAGCAGCUCUGUGAGGACUUCCAGGAUCCUCAGCAGGAGGUGGAACUCCGCCAGGCUCUGUUUAAGAUGAGUAAGGCUAAUUUACAGAGCUGUUACGAGAAAGUGAGUGGACUGAAAGAUCACGUUCAAGAGCUGCAGCAAACCUUCAACUAUUCCAUCAAAGGCCUGGUGGACAGCACCGAAAUUGACUUAAAACAGCUAAUGGAGAAUGUGGAGUACUCCUUUGAGCUUCUUGUAAAAAAGGCUCUGCUGGACCCGUCAGUCAAUUUUUCAGAGGCAAUGCAAAAAGCUUCCGACCGAGUUCUGAAACAAUUUGACUAUGACAGCAGCACAGUGAGGAAGAGGAUCAUUCAGGAGGCUUUGGUUAACAUUACUCUUCCCAACAUCAAGAAGCAUCUGGCCCCAUCCUUUAAAGAGGAACUACCCAAAUUUGAGCAAUACAUUUUUGCUGAUUAUUCAAACUUCAUCAGUGUGGAAAAUGUGUAUGAGGACGUUAUCCAGCAGAUACUGGAAAAAGAUGUCAGCACGGUGGUCAAGGAGGCAGCCAGCAGAAAGAAAUACAACCUGAUUACAGAGAGCAAAUACAAAUUCAGCGUGUCCAGCUUAUCCUCCACCCCCCCAGGAUCAGCACCCAGCAGCCCAUCGCGCUUAAACACCUCCCCGAGCCAGCGAUCACCACUCCCGCCCUCCCCGCUGUUGACCAAUGGCCUCACAGCAAACAGAUCUGUGACUGUUCACUCGCCAAACUCAGAAAACAGCACUGCCAUGGGACGAAUCGAUGAGGGAGAGAACAAAAUACCCACGGAGGGAUCCAUCGAUGAUGUAUUUUUCACUUCCGAAAUGUCAAACGAGACCAAACCAGAACACAGAAGUACCACAAACGCCAAGGAACCUUCAGUCAGUUCCUCUCCUGUUAUUGUGAUAACAGAAGCCAAAGAAAUCCCUUCAAGUUCAGCAAAAGCAGGGGACGGAAGUUUAUCAGACUUAGCCAAUAAACCCACAGAGAUCAUCAGCCCGAUCUGCAAGAAUUCUGCUGAAAUGGAGAAGUUCAUAGAAGUGAUGCAGUCAGAUAAUCCGGCCCCGACUAAAGCAAAGAUAAGUGAUGAAAGCACACAUCCAAUCACUGUUUGUUUAUCUAUUGAAGAUGCAGAGGCUGGGGAAGUCCACAAAAAAACGACAGGCAAACAAUUCACGGAUUUUCCAGAAAAAGCCCCAAAAUCUUGCUCUUCACUGCACCUGGAGGAUAAAAACAGGCCUCUGGAUUGUGUUAAGGAGAUCCGUGACCUGGUGGUGGAGGUUAUUGAAAUAGAGGACACAAUUGAACCCUACGAAGACAGUAAUGAUGAUAAAGAUGAUGAUGAUGAAGACAUUCAAAGGUUUCAGGAACUAGAAGCUACCAUUUAAGUGCACAAGACAAACUGUACAUAUUGAAGGUUUUUUGUAAUUGUAAAGGUAAUUAUUCUUUAUUGUACUUCUAGUUUUAUUGCAAUUGCAAAGUUUGGGGUCAAUACGUGCUUUUAGAAGAUUUUCUAUCCGUCAAGGAUGUUAAUGAAGUGACAUUACAUAUAUUUAUAUUAUUUAAAAAUAUAUAUUUUUUACUUACCAGCUUUCAAUGAAAUUUGAAAAUGACAUUUUACAGUUUCCAUAAGAAUAUUAAGCAGCACAACCGUUUUCACAACACAAGAAAUGUUUAAGGACCAUUUGAAUGAUUUCUGAAGAACGACUAAACAUAAAACAUUAAACAGGCAUUUUAAAUUAUUAUAUGCAAUAUUAUGGUUCUUACAGUUUUGUUUAAUUCUAUAAAUCCAACCUGGACACACAUUCUUUUAAAACACGUUUAAACCCCAAACUUAAACUUAAAAAAAUAAAUAAAGAGGAUUAAAUGUUCCUCUAUCCAAUGAAGACUAUUUAUUGUGCAGAA